GUGUAAGCCUUGUGCGUAAAAAUAGGUUCUUCCUCUGGCAGUCGCUGCCGUUGGAUCUAUGUGUAUAGCGCAGAAAAGCUCAGCAUCCAUUUUCCGCCAAAUUCCUUUCUCAAACAAAAACUAACAAAAUAUUCUCUUGGAUCAACCUCUACCUACGAAUUACGAUCAUCCAUAAAGUUAGGGUUCCGGUACACUGAGAAUGGCGGAGCCGGCAAGUCCAGGAGGCGGCGGCGGAAGCCAUGAGAGUGGCGGUGACCCGAGUCCUCAGUCCAACUUGCGAGAACAGGAUAGGUACCUACCGAUCGCUAAUAUUGGACGCAUAAUGAAAAAGGCAUUGCCUGCUAAUGGAAAGAUCGCAAAGGAUUCUAAGGACACUGUUCAGGAAUGUGUAUCUGAGUUCAUCAGUUUUAUUACUAGCGAAGCUAGUGACAAGUGUCAGAAAGAGAAGAGAAAGACGAUCAACGGAGAUGAUUUACUAUCAGCCCUGGCUACCUUGGGAUUUGAGGACUACAUUGAACCACUGAAGGUCUAUUUGACUCGGUACAGAGAGAUGGAGGGAGAUGCCAAGGGAUCUGCAAGGGUUGGUGAUGCAUCUGUUAGAAAAGAUGUAGUUGGAAGUCAGCUUGGGUCCAAUACGCAGUUCAUGUAUGAAGGUUCUUUUGCACAAGGCUUAGACUAUGGAAACUCCCAAUUAUGAAUUUUAAAACAGUGGUUAGUCUUUUGCUGGUACAAGAUGCCAGCCAGGGUUUCUCUUCUUGCUGAUCUCUGUGUUAAACUGUCAACAGCAAUGUUUGAGGACUAGACACCUAAAGGACUCCUACUAGUUUCUGCAAAUAUUUUUGUUUGCUAUACUUUGAUUUUAAUUCUCUUCCGCUCUGUACAUACCGUUGGGUUUUGAAUGUCACUUGGAAUAAACCAUCUAUUAUAGUUUGUACAGCACCUAAGUGCCCAAACAUUUGGAUCUGUUCUAUUCCUCUAGUGCUUUUUUGAUAUUGAUUUUCCAAAAAAAGAAUGUUA